AUAGGCCUACUAGUGUGAGCAGGUGUUAAGUUAACGUGAGAUAUGGCACCAUUAAAACAAAACGCAAAAAGUAAAGGUCCGAUUAGAGGAAAAUGCUUUAAUAAAAAAUUUGCACAUGGUGGUUUAUUACACAAUGCCAAAAGGAAAAGAAAAUGGGUUCCGGAGAACAAAGUUUUUGAUGGUGGUUAAAAAGAGGGUCAGGGGUUUGCUUUCAAAAGGAAGGAGAAAAUAAAACAUGAAUACAACAAACUUCUUCGAAAAGAGAGGAAGAAAAUGCAAGCAUCAAAAAUCCAGUUAGAGGAGGAAUAUCCCGAGCAUCUGAGACAUCUAUACCUGGCUGAAAGAGAACGACUAGAUGAAGAAGAACAAGAAAAAAAGAAGAAAAGAUGUAAAGGGAGAGCAGUAGAUGAAGAGACAGAGGCAGACGAUGAACUAAAAACAGAGCUGGAUUCUCCUUUCACUGAGAAACACAUCUCAAACACGACGACUGACAAAACUACUGCCUCUGAUUCAGCUAAUGAACCAGCAGAGUCUGACAGCUCCCACAAGACUCCAUUCAUCCAAAGAAAGCAGAAGCAGAAAAUGUCAUCAUAUCAGAAGACAAAGCAAGAAUAUGAAAGGAUAAUGGAGGAACAUGCACGAAAAAGAGAGGAAUUCUUGAAAGACAAAGCUCAGCGAGAGGAGGAAGAAAUACAAGGAGAAGAAAACAGCAACAUAUCAGUUGUUGAAAAGAAAAACCAACAAAAAGGGUCAGCCCAACCUUAACCUGCAUAUGGAGCUGUUGCUGCAAAAG